AUGCUCCUGAAGAGUGAGUUUCUGUGCGGCCAAUGCUCCAAAUGUGACACGUCGACAUGCCCACCAAAUGAAGCCUACCCCCACAAGACUGCUUGGGACAACACUCUCAUUGCCGGUGCUUUGCAAUCUGAUUAUGUCGCCGCCAAUGACAGGGGAGUUUAUUCUGUCUCAAAUAUUGUCGGUGGCAAGUCCGCCAAAUACAAUGCCUAUUUUGGUUGGCAAUCUUCUUCCGGUUCGGAUUCUGAUUAUCACAGAUUGAGCAACUACAUGGACAAGUGCUCCGGGGGACAAAGUUACCUUACUGUGGACAAGCAUGGGAAAGUGAGCCUGCGGUCAUUGAAAUCGCUAGAAAACAUUGCCGGUGCGGACUGGAAAUCUAUUAACCCACCAAAGAAGUUCAACCACCGGGAAUUUCGAUUUUGGGUUUCCGGUAGUACUGGCAAAUGCCUCACUGUUUUCUACGGGAACAGUGAGAAAUGA